UGGGCUCCGUCUCUGGAGCUAUUUAUGUCACGGAUUUCUAGAAUGUGGUCCUUUGGAUACAUAUCUUGUUUGAAAAUGAUCCAUACUCGACAACUCAUGAGAGAUCAUAGCGGGACGGAAGUAGGUGAAGGGGGAGCAGACCAAGCUGAAGGCAAAAUGGGAGAUUCGGCGUCUCUGUUACAGCGACUGUUUUCUGCUGUUUUCUACGGAGUCGCUUCCUUUCUCAUCAUCGUUGUAAACAAGAUAAUCCUGACAACGUUCAGAUUCCCUUCAUUCCAGGCACUAGCUAUUGGACAGAUGAUGACUGGGAUUGUCGUGUUGUUCAUUUCAAAGAGGCUGGGGCUGAUUCAUUAUCCAGGCCUAUCAAAAGAUACUGCGUUAAAGGUGUGGCCGCUGCCUCUCAUCUAUGUGCUGAAUCUCCUCACAGGACUUGGGGGUACACAGCGGUUAAAUUUACCCAUGUUCACAGUACUAAGAAGAUUUUCCAUAUUAUUCACAAUGAUUGGAGAAUAUCUGAUGUUAGGAUACAAGGUUGCAUUGACAACGAAAUUGACAGUGUUGCUGAUGAUACUUGGAGCUGUUAUAGCAGGAAGCACUGACCUGGCCUUUGACCUGACAGGCUAUGUGAUGAUUCUACUCAAUGAUGUCUUUACAGCUUCCUAUAAUAUAUAUGUGAAGAAAAAGCUGGAUUCAAAGGAACUGGGUAAAUAUGGAGUGCUCUUCUACAACUCGCUCUUCAUGAUUUUACCUGCAUUGUUGUUAGCUCAGUAUAAUGGAGAAAUUGAGAAGAUCAUAUUGUUCGAGGAGUGGGCAAACCCUGUGUUUCUUGGCCAGUUCCUUCUAUCUUGCUUCAUGGGUUUUGUCCUCAACUAUUCCAUCAUACUGUGUACUGCAUACAACUCAGCUCUCACUACCACAGUUGUUGGUGUUUUAAAGAAUACAACAGUGACAUAUGUUGGCAUGUUUAUUGGAGGAGAUUACAUAUUUAGCUUAUCAAAUUUUGCUGGAAUGAAUAUUAGUAUAAUGGGCAGUUUGCUGUACUCGUAUGUGACCUUUGGACAGAAGCCUCCCAAACCCAGCAAUCAGAACACAACUGACCAGAAGCCACAAAUUCAACAUGUUUGAUAUAGGGCUAAGACACCACAAUCUCAGCAAAUAGUUCUAUCCAGAGGAGACUCAGUUUGAUAUACACAGUACUGUAGGGCAGCGAGUAUGCUUCUGUGUGUUUGUUGAAAUCCAUCGAAAUAUCCAUCUCACCAUUGUAAGUAUCAUGAUGAUUAUUAAUGGCAAAAAAAGACAAACGAUGUGGGUCCUGUUCAUGACAUCCAUGUCCGGCUGACUCGGAAGCAGAGACUUGCAACUGUGGUGUGUCAAGGGAAUUUUGGUUUGCUUUUCUGGGCCAUUUAUAUAAGUAUUAAGGCUGUUACAGUUCACUUGCAUAUUUAAUGAAUCGUAACCAUAUACCAUAUCAUGAAUUCAAUUCAUUAUUUAUGACCACUUGAAUCGAAGAUUCAUGAAUUUUUUUAAAAGAGUUUUUUUACAUUAGUUUUGGUGUUAUGUAUUAAAACAAUUUAAAACAAAAUUUUCAAAAUGGAAUAUAUGCAUGCAGUGUGGUUAGUUUGACAGUAAUGUGAUCAGGUCAUUGCUGUGAUGAACUAACACUGUCAGCAUGGUAAAAACAUUUGAAAUCAAUAUUUUGUUAUUAUUUCACAGAAUACACUGACUGAAAUGUCAACUGCUGAACUGUUAUCAUAUUCAUUAUCCAAUAUUCGUGAUAUUUAUUGUCUUCGCCUCAUGGUGGAUUCGUACCAUCCCUAAACCAUACACUCACAGACAAAUGUAACUGUGAUAAAUUGAAUUUAAUGAAGAAUGAAAACUAGUAAUAAUUAUGACAAUAUGUAUGUCCAAAAUGAUGGCUUAUUCUUCUUACUAUACACCAUAACUAACAGUAUUGGAGUUGCAGGAGAACGUCAUGGGAUUAUACAUAGUAUGGGAGUUGUACUCAUAUUAGUAGUUGUCACUGAUAAUUGGUACAGUAUGGGAGUUGCAAUCAUUUUAGCACUAAGAUUAAGAAUGUUAUAGCUUGAUUAUAUAGCAUAAGAGGUGCACUCAUCUUAGGAGUAAUAAUGUCGUGGGACUAUUACACAGUAUGGGAGUCGUACUCAUAUUAUCGUGAACUGUCAUUCAUUGUUUGUACAUUAUGGAGGUUACAAUCAUCUUAGUACUUAGACAUUUGUGGGUCUGUUAUAUAGUAUUGGAGUUUCAGCCAUCUAAGCAGUAAGAAUGUCAUCAGAUUAUUACACAGUAUGGGAGUCGUGCUAAUAUUAGCGUGAGCUGUCAUUGAUUGUUUAUACAUUAUAGAGGUUACAAUCAUCUUAGUACUAAGACAUUUGUGGUUCUAUUAUAUAGUAUUGGAGUUUCAGCCAUCUUAGCAGUAAUAAUGUCAUCAGAUUAUUACACAGUAUGGGAGUCGUCAUCAUAUUAGCAUGAGCUGUCAUUGAUUGUAUAUUAUGGAGGUUACAAUCAUCUUAGUACUAAGACAUUUGUGGGUCUAUUAUAUAGUAUUGGAGUUUCAGCCAUCUUAGCGGUAAGAAUGUCAUCAGAUUAUUACACAGUAUGGGAGUCGUACUCAUAUUAUCGUGAACUGUCAUUCAUUGUUUGUACAUUAUGGAGGUUACUAUCAUCUUAGUACUAAGACAUUUGUGGGUCUAUUAUAUAGUAUUGGAGUUUCAGCCAUCUUAGCGGUAAGAAUGUCAUCAGAUUAUUACACAGUAUGGGAGUCGUACUCAUAUUAGCGCGAACUGUCAAUGGUCUGUUGUGUUUCAAUCAAAAAGACUGCCGUGGGUCUGUUAUACAGCACUGGAGCUACGAUUAUCUUAAGACUGAGAUUACCUUGUAGAACAGGUCCCAAUACACUUUUAAGAGGAGUUGUUUCUAAAAGGUCAUUCUAUUGUAAUAACCUAAUCAUCACUUUUGUUAUGGUUGUACUUGUUGUGAAGAGGAGUUACAACGUUGCACAUCCCAGAGAAACGUACAAAAUGAAUACCCUUUUGUGAUCUUAGAGUUUUGUAAUGUAUUGUAGGUUAUAUUAAUAAUAAUAAGAGUAUUUGUAUAGCACUGACUUCCACCACACAUUUGCAAUGCUCAAAGCGCUGACAAGUCACAGUUCAUUAUUACUCCAGAUAACCCAAGCUGCCUGUGAAGGCUAGAAGGUUAUAGUCACAUGACUU